AUGACCGACGCAAACACCAACGACAUCCAGAUCGAGACAAGAGUCUGGGUGCGAUCGAAUAGGAUAAUCGGCAGCGUAGCAGCAGCUUUCGGCGGUGCGCCGAGCAAUGUUGUAAUGCGGACUCUUGUUUCGCAAGUCAUCGGUAUUGCCAUCCGACAUCAGCUGUCGGGCUGUCUGCUCGGGAGACCACGGGAUCGGAGUGGCCCUAUGUUCCUUUGGAAGUUUCUCCAGGUGCCGGACGCUCUAGAGACAGCAGCGGCUCUAGAGGAAAAGGUAUAUGAAAAUCCGACUCUUGCCCUCUCCAAUCUGCCUAAUGAUGCGGCGCUACAAGCCUUAGGCAGGAAGGAUCUGACUUGCGGCAACAGGCAGACACACCAACAAACAAGUCUCGAUCGCUAUGGUAGUGACCUCAACCGCGGCCGCGGCCUCUUUUUGUCCAAGGUCCACGGCUAUGCAAGAUACUCCAUCCACCAUUGCGACUAUCCUGCAGUCAUUAAGAAGGAUGGCCACGAGGUUGACGGGAAAAAGCUGGACGACUUUGAGGGUGAGGCCUAUACACCUACGGCUGCCCUCGCGACACUCGAUGACGGGACCACCAUUGAAGCAGAUAUCUAUCUCUGGGACGGUGAUACAGAGUCCCUGUAUACGGAGCCGGGCUGGGAUCUGGACACUUUUGUGAAAGAAAGACUGGAGGAUUGGCUGGACCUCUUUGAAGGCCUCCGAACGGUACGGCUGGUCUUUACCUCUACAGCAUGGUAUGAACAGCAAACGUCUGCCGCUAUUACCUCAAACAAUGUUCAGGAGACCUAUUGCCAGAGCAAGCAAGUCAAACGGGAAUAA